UUAUAUAUAGUAAUUUGAUGUAAACAAUAACACAUUGAGAACGAAAACGUCAGACGUCGUGGAUUAAUCAGCUGUUCUAUUGUGAAGUUAUUCGAUAAAACAAUAGCUUGAUUAGUGAUUUAAACUAAACUGAAGGAUGACAAAACCUACAACUGUUUUGAAGAGUGUUGGUCCAAAGCUAGUUCCAUUCUUCAAAACAUGCACAAUAUUCUUUGUGCUGUUUACUGGCACACCUGCAAGUGAAACAAGUGCACCAUGGUUCUUCUGCAUCAUCAAAUGUCUGCCAAUUUUUUCAUUAAUUCUGUUCGUCCUUCUAAAUGGAAUGCACAUAACAGAAUAUUACAGGUAUUCAAGAAGGGUACUUAUUGGUCUUGUAUUCUCAUGCCUUGGAGAUGCCUGUCUGGUAUGGAAACAUAAAUAUUUCGAGCUGGGAAUCGGAUGUUUUGCUAUAGCUCAAGUUUGCUACUCAAGAGCUUUUGGAUGGAAGCCCCUAAAUCUUUAUGCUGGUGCGGUAUUUGCCGCUUUAGGAUCAUUGGUUUAUUACUUCCUCAGUGCAGGUCUGAAGGGCAUCAUGGUCUACCUGGUAGCAGCCUAUGUUGGCGUAAUUUGUACCAUGGCAUGGCGUGGCACAGCGCGUAUCCCAACGUUCAACUUCUUUGAUGAUAGUGUCACAUGGACCCAAAUGUCUGGAUGCUUUGGCUCAAUAGCCUUUGUCAUUUCUGAUCUAACACUUGCUGUAGACAAGUUCCUAUUUCCACUACCAUAUGCACACCCGAUAAUUAUGAUUACAUAUUAUGCUGCUCAGUUUGGCAUAGCUCUCUCUGUUGUUGACAGCCAAAAUGAUGCUUUAAUUGCGCGAUCAUUAAAUGAUCAAAAAAAGAGGGAGGGAGACAUUGACCAGUCAAAUGGGAUAAAAAAAUAUUAUGAAAACUAUACAAAUAACCAGUAUAAAGUUAAUAAUGGAAAUACACUUAUACAAAGGAAUAUUGGGACAGAAGUAAGUGGCUGAACAUCUGGAAACCUGUCUCAGAGAGGUGGGAAAAAAAUGGAUUGUAUAAACCAUGUUCUUAAACAAUGUUCAUGAAGCAUUUUCAGAAAACAAAAGUCAUGUUAAUGUAUGGAACAGCAUUUAAUGUAGCAACAUUGAGAAUGCAUAACUUUUUAACUAUUUGUGGUCAUUGUAGUUACUUGGGUUGUUUUGUUUUUUCGAAAAUGACUGGUUUUCUGUAUUUUAAAUUAUUAAUGAAUAAUUGUUGUGGAUUUACAAGUCAGUAUUUAUCUAAAAUCAAUAUAAAAAGCAGUCUUUUACACUUGACUAUUUAGUUUUUUUAGUUGUACCAAUGUUGUUUCGAAGUUAAGGUGAACAUUUGAGUUUAAAUGAAAUAUUCUAUGGUUAAAGAAUACAUUUUAUGUCUAUAAAUUUGACUGCAAAGAAUGAAAGAUUUUGACUAUCUGUUAAUUAUGCUUCAAUUUAAUGUAUAGACAAUUUUAGGAGAUCAAAAUGUUCAGAAAAUAUAACCAUCAUUAGAGGUACUUAUUGUAUUGUCAGUAUUGUUUGUAAACAAGAUAUGUACAUUGAUCGUAGCAAUAGUUUUAACCCUAUUUAAAUAGAUAACUAGGUUAUAUGGGUGUUAUUCUGGUCAUUUUUGAAAUUCAAAGUUUUUGUUACUUGUAAAAUUUUAAAAUGGAAAUUUAUACUGUAAGGGAUGAUUGUUAGACAGUUGACAUUAUGUGACUGUUGAAGACCAAACAUUUAUAACCAAGUUGAGUGUAUUGACCUGACUUAAAGUAGUCGCUUACAAAAUAUUUGUAGGAUGUUAAAGGUACAUGUAUGCUACUUUAAUUAGCUACCCAUUUAAAUUGCAAUUUCACUUCAUUUUGUAAUUUAGUGAGGCUCUUAAAAUGCAAAUUAUUUCUUGGAGCACUUUGUAUAUAUUUAUACUAUUAACAAGUGUAGGAUGUACUUAAAGCUGCACGCCUCCAGAUCGAUAAAAUCAAAUCUGAUAAGAAUGUACUAAGAUUUUAGGAAGAGUAUAAAGAUUCAAAUUCUAGUAAUAAUUUACAUAUCAUGUGCGAUUAAUGGCGGAUUUUUCAGUAUUUAUAACUAUAUUUCUACUGCGUUACUAACGCAGUAAGGGCUAUUUUUGCAUAAUUUGACCUGUUAACAGUAUUUAACAUGAGUUGUAAGUACUAUUGAUAAUGUGUAAAUUGCAUUCUUAUGGUAACUUCACAAUAUUAGACUGUUAAAUACAUUUUCAAAUUUUCAUAUAAAUUAGCAUGAAUUUGGAGGCGUGUUGCUUUAAUGCAAGUAAAUGGGAUAUAUAAUUAUAUUAAAAGGCUUGGACUUUUAACGGGUUUAUAUGUCUUCGAUACACAAUGAAAAAAAUGGCUUUAAAGCAAAAUAAAAUUGAACUAGUCUUCCCUCCAUUAUAGCAUUGUCUGUGUGACUUGUAUGUCCUUGAAGUUUUCACCUUGAAUUAUAAUAUUUAUUAUAUGAAGGGCAUUCUAUAUACUAACCUCUUAUUGUUAUUGUUAUGAAUAAAAAAAAGUAUGCUAGCAGAUUAUGUUCAUUAACAUAGUUCUGUCAGUUUAUAUUUGUGUCGUUUUUGGCAAGCUAUAUGUUCUAUGUACGUAGGUACUUAAUAAUUAAUAACCAAAUUAUUACGCAACAUACAAACUUUAGACAGAUGUUAAAAUUCAACUGUUGUUAUAGAUAUAUUCAGGGCAGAAUAAGUACAUGUCUAAUGCCAUUUUAAAGCAAUAUAAAUUAAAUGGCUGAAGUGUAAAUUUCGUUGACAGUUGAGAGGGAUAUGGAGUAAACAUUUUAUAACUGACAUUAACAUAUAUCUAAAAUUCAGUCAAAGUAUGCCUUAAGCCAUGGUUUUAUUUUAAUAUUAAAAUCUAUAGAACAGUGUCAGUUAGCGAAACAUGAAAGGUAAAUUUAAUUAUCUGGCCUCACAGUUCUUGAAAUAAGUAGAUUUCACCAGUUUUUUUCAGAGCUUUAAUGUCAAUAGAACUUGCAGGGAGAGAUUGUGUAAUAUAAUCAAUAUUGAAUAAUCUCUGCUAAGACAGCUUACUAUUGAAUAGUGUGGCUCUAUAUAUGCUGUAUUAUAGUUCAUAUUAGAUCAUUCCUUACGAAAAUGUUUACGGUUGUUUUGUUUUUUGUUUGUUUGUUUUAUGUAUAUAAUUAAAUUAUAAAAUAACCUUACAACAUUGAUUAUGCCCCUCACAAUCUGUUUUGUCAGCAGAUGUACAUUCCUCCACCUGUUUUUUUACUCAAGUAGUGAGGGCAUAAAAACAGUUACUUGUUAUGGACAGGACUUCUGAGUUGUUUUUGUUUGUUUGUUUUUUUCUUUCUUUCUUCAUCUACAACAAUAACCUAAACGCAGUUAUUCAGGGUAUUGAUCUUUAUUAUUUUCUGAUUUUUGUUAAAGAUAGUCAUGAAGCAAAUCUAUUGUUCAUUCAAACACUAAUUAAGGGAUCAGAUAUUGUCCUCCUGAUGCUUAAUACAAGCAUUUGUCUUAAUAGUUUUAAUCAUUUGGGAAAUUUAAACUUAAAAUUUAAACCUAUUUUGAAAGCAUUUGAUUGAUAAGCUACAUGUAUAUGUAUAAUUUGCAAAAAAAACCUGUGAAUAUCUGAGAAAAAAGAAGAAGAAACUGUCCAGGCAUUGGGUACUUUGGUAAGCUUUAAUAAAAAUUCAUUGAGAUAAUGUAGUUAAUGGAUAUGAUAUCCAUUGCAGACUUUAUACCCUGUAAACCUUUUGAUUUUUUACUCUGGAUAAUAUCAUAUUUUAAGUACAUGACUUAACAUUAUUGCAAAAACAGAAAUUAUUAGGUCACAGACCAAAGUUUCCUUUUCACUUAAAGUGAAUGUACUCUUUUCCCCUUAUGUUAUGUUUUAAUCAUUGAUUAAAAGAUGUUAUUUCCUUUUGUUUUUCCUUUGGAAGUCCAAUGUCUCGUUUUUGAACAAAAUGGUACUAUGAACAUAUUUUGUGCAAUACAAGUUUAUAAUUGAUAUUAAUAAAUUGAAAGUUACAUGUUAAUGUAAAUUUCUUGCCAGUAUAUAUUACAUUAUGUAAAUGUAUGUAAAGGUUGUAAAAUUCAUUGUGUGAUGUAAAUACGGUAAUCACCUCAUGUAUAUAUUGAGCAGCGCCAUGACAAAACCAUCAUAGUGCGUUUGCGACCAGCAUGGAUCCAGACCAGCCUGCGCAUCCACACAGUCUGAUCAGGAUCCAUGCUGUCCGUUACCAACCCUUUUACAAGUAGAGAAACUAAUAGCGACCAUCAUGGAUCCUGAUCAGACUGCGCGGAUGCAUAGGCUGGUAUAGAUCCAUGCUGAUCGCAAACGCACUAUGUUGGUUUUGUCAUGGCGCGGCUCAUAUAAGUAGUUUGUCAUGUAUAUAUUUCAUCAUAGAAACAUUAGAUUAGGCAUGGUUGCUGUUAUAAUGUGAUUUUUGUGUUAAAGUGACAUGCCUCCAGAUUUUACCAUGAAAUUUCAUCAAAAAUACAGUCCAGCUUGUUGUUUGAAAAGCCACACUGUGGUCUUUGUUUGCAUGUCACCCAAUUUUAAAAGGUGUUAAUGUCAACAAAUAUUAUAUGUUUGGAAAAAUAAUCACGGUCUUCAAAAUUUAAUGGUCAUUUAUACAGGGUUUACGGUAGAUUUAAACCUUGAGUGUGAUAGUGGUAGUAAUGGCAAGUCUGCAUGUUCCUUCAAGUUAUUUUAAAAUGAUGUUCAAAUUUAAAAUCUAUAAGAUGUCUUUCCUAUGAAAUUGUUCAAAAUGAUUGUGAUGAACAUGGUCAAAAUAAAAUGAUGAAAAUGGGAGAUUCAUAUUUAUUUUGCAAAGUGCCACCAUAAACUGAUAUACUUAUAUUUAUAAUAUUUACAUAUAUAGAGGUUUCAGGUUUUUUUUUGGUAAAAUUUAAAAUAUAUGUCUUUCAGUCUUUUUUGUUUUCCAUCUGGAGGCAUGCCGCUUUAAUCAAUGACAUAACUAAAUAGGUUUAACUUUGACCUUUGUGACACAUCUGUCAAUGAUUCACCAGCAUGUGACAAUUACAUUAUUUCAGUACACAAUGAACCAUUUUCUGAUCAAAGUCAAGUAGGGGUUAUUAUAUAUAACUUGCCAUACUGAAAUGUCUGCCAAGGGUAAUAUGUCAUUGUGGUUAGAUUUUUCCUUUAUAUUAUAGUCUAAAAUACAGCUGUUUCAAUGUUUUUUUACUACUUAUUUUGCUAAGUAAUACACGAUUUACAUCACUGAACAUCUUUUGUUGUUUUCGAUAAAGGACUAAAAUUAUGAAUCUUUAUGAAAUAUUUAGUAAACAUAUCGGUAUAUACAUCCUACAUGAUGUAUAAAAAAUACAGUAUUAUUAUGAUAUAGUUAUAAAAUUAUAUUGUUCAAUUUUAUUUUUGAAAUGACAAAAUUGUCUCUACAAAACAGAUAUGUUUCUUUCAAUAUUAUGUUUAAAUACUAGUACAUAGUUAUAGAUCGUUAGAUUUAUUCAGAUAAAAUUACAUGAAACCAAAAAAGCAAAAUAGUAAAUGCUUAUAACUGUAAAUCAAAGGUUUAUAUUUUGAUACUUUCCAGCUGUUGUGACUUUAAAACUUUCUUUUUUCUCUAAAUUUUUCACGAAAAUAUAUAUAUAGUUCAGCACUGAUUUUUUUAACUCACUGUUAAAUAUUAUAUCUGAUAAAUUUUAGUUUUUCAUCAUAAAAGAAUUUUGAUCAAUACUGAGACAUUGGAUUUUAUAGAGAUUUUAUGUAGAUUUUGAAAGCCUUAUAAUAAUUUGGCAACUGUUGCAUAAAUAAAUGUUUAUGUUUAUGUGUUUAUGAGAAUAGGAAGGCUACUUAGAAAAACAUAAAAUAUUUUACACAAAUACUUACCAUAUACAAGGUGUGAUUAGAUUUUGUUAUCUUAUUACGAAAUUUGUUGAACAUGUCUUUCUCAAGGUGAAUAGGAAUAAUUUAUUGGUGUUAAUGUAUUCAAAAAUAAAAUUAAUGUUGUAAUACCUGUCAGCUUCUUCAUAUAAUAAAUAAAUUUUGUCAUAUCAGGGGAGACCACUCUGUCUGCUUAGCAGCUUUAUAUGUUUACAUUCACAUAUAGUAGUGUGGCAGUAAUGUCACAGUAUUCAUCUUAAUGUGUUCAUGCUCAUCUGCAAACAAUGACAUUUUAUAUAAUGUUGUCACUUUGGAGAUUUAUUUUGUAGUACAUGUAUAUAUUAUAUAGCAUUUAUUGUAAACCAACUAAAUAUAACCAAGGCAGUUUUCAAUGCAAAUUUAAACUUUGUUUUUCUGUGAUUUUAUUUUUUUGUUGAAUAUCGUUUCUCUGUAGAAGGUUUGGCACUAAAUAACUAUAUACUGACAUUACAUAUUUUUUUAUAGCUAGCGUAAUAUUUGUAAUAAUAUGUGGUAAAAUCAGUCCAAAUAAAUGUACUACGCAAUGAGAUAUAUAUGCCUCUGACGUGAUUCUGACAUACAACAAACAAUAUCUCACAAUCUAGCUUUCAACAUUAAAAUAUUUAAAGCUACUAAAUACAAUAUGAUAUAGUUUCCCCGUAGCAUUGUGAUAUAUGUGUAAGGUUUCUUUUAAUAUAUUAAACCAUAGAUGUUUCCUCUUUUUAAUAGACAAAAAACAUUUACACUCGAAAUACAUGUACCGGUAUAUCAAAUUUAACUUAAUUAUUUUAAGCAGUAUUAAGUUGAAUUUCAUUAUUUUAGGAGGAUAUAAAUGUAUGUAAUAAGGACUUGUAUUAAUCACUAAUACAUCAUUUAUUUUCCUAUGCUCAAUUGCCAAUACUUAUGUUAUUUAAGGAAACUUUUACAACAUUUAUGUUGAACAUGAUGAUCACACUUGAAAGCUUUUUAUUAGAUGUUUUUCUAAAUCAGACUUGUGUAUAAUUUUGCUAUUGUAUGUUGCAAAAAGGGAAAUGAUUCAUUUACCUAAAUGUAUAAUAUAAUGUUUAAUACUAUGAAAGACUUAUGUUCAAGGAAAUUUAUUCAAAAAGUUAAUUUUGUUUUCAAUUACAAUGGAUAAGUUUUCUAAAAAAACACUUCAUUACUAAACAGAAGUUCAAUAGUAUUAUAAAUUUUAUCUGUAUUCAGAAUAAAAAAUUGUUAUAUUGUUAGUUAUUAAUAUAAUAAACUAUUACUACAUAUUCUCAAGGCACAUUUAAUUAAUUAUAUAAUUGUGGUAAUUUUACGAUUUUUCCAUUUUUCAACAUUUUCAAGCAUGUGAUUAAAGGAAUGUUUAAUUGUUGUCCUUCCAGUGGUAGUUCUUUCAAUAAAAUAAAUUUGUCUCAGCAAAAGUUAUCUAAAGCUUGACAUUGGCUCACUUUGUAAAAGUUUCCUGGUUAUUCAUUUAAAAAUCGUUACAAAAUAAAAAGUAAUUACUAUCCUAUAUUUAACAAAUUGCAAAGUUUUUUUUUUCAAGGUUUGUUUGAACCUUUGUCUUAUUUUGACACCAUAAUUUCGAAACAAAUUAAUCAAAGAAGUUGCUGGAAGUUUGUGAAUCUGUUAGUGUAAGUAUGAUUAAUAAUUAUUCAGUGCCAAACUUACUACAGAGCUGUAUAUACAGGGAUUAUACUUAUAAACUCAGCAGGACUGAGAAUGAUGAAUAACUUUGUUAUUUUUCUGAUAAUUUCUUAAUUCUUUCCUUUAUUUCUUGAUUCUUUCUUUCCUUUACUUAAAAUUGAUACUGUGCUAUUAUGACCUAUGAACAGAAAACAGAACAAAUUUUAUUAAAGUAGCAUGACUAUAGAUUUGUAAAUUGUUUUUAUGAUUAAAAUGCUUUCAAAUGUACAAAAUGCACUAACUAUCCAAAGUCAUUACCUUUAACUUUUUAGAACACACAGAAAUUUCUUUACUUUAUUCUUUAAACCCAUCAUCAGUGUGAAAAGAUUAGCAUUGUAAUUGAGCAUUUUUACAUUAUUAUUAUUCAAAAGAAGACAAAUUUUAUUGCAAACCAGAAAUUUAUUGUUAUUGCCACUGGUGAGUCAAACAUGGUUUUGGUCUAAAUUUAUAUAAAUACUCAAAGUAUUAUAAAUAGCUCACAAUAUAGCUAUACCCUGUCCUUUAACAAAAUUUCCUUAUAGGCAAAUGAAUAUAGUACUCUUUUAUAAUAACCGAUAUCAUACUUGAUUUGCUUAUUACCAAGAAAACCUUGUCAAAUUUAUUCUAGUCUCAUGCCAUGUUUUCUGUCUUGAGUUACAAUAAAAUUUGUACAUUUAUUAAUGUGUAGUGCUGAAUGUAUAUGAAAAGAUAAUGUACAAACGAUGUCUCUUUUUCUCUUUGUUGGUUUGAUUAUGUUUUAGAAAAUCUAUUAACAAACUUAUCUUAUUGUUGAUGGAAAAUUGUUGUUGUUGUUAGUGUUUUAGAAUGCACAGUUUUUCUCUUCCCUUGUAAAUUAUCAUUAUCCAUUUGUUACCUUUUUCUUGAACUUCUUUCAAUAAACAUAAAAAACUC